AUGAGGGAGCCGAGCCGCCUGCCCUCCGUAAGCAGGAGCCCUGGCCGGGUCCGGCACGCCGCCCCAGCCCCUCCCUCGCCGUCAGGCCGCGAGGGCAGCGCGCGCGAGCCAGGGGGAGGGAGAGCGAGCGAGCGCUGGGAGGAGGCGGCCGGACGGAGGGAGCGCCCGCGCGUGUGGCGUGAGGGGAAGCCGCUGCCCGCCCCCUUCGCCUUCCCUUCUCUCCCCCUCCCCGCUCCCCCCCGACCUCCGAGCAGCACCGUGUCGGCGCCGGCGCCGGUGGCCAAAGUCAGUAAAAAGGAGCUCAACUCCAACCACGACUGGGCCGAUGAGACCUCAGAAAAAGAACAGCAAGAAGCAAUUGAACAUAUUGAUGAAGUACAAAAUGAAAUAGACAGACUUAAUGAACAAGCCAGUGAGGAGAUUUUGAAAGUAGAACAGAAAUAUAACAAACUCCGCCAACCAUUUUUUCAGAAGAGGUCGGAAUUGAUGGCCAAAAUCCCCAAUUUUUGGGUAACAACAUUUGUCAACCAUCCACAAGUGUCUGCACUGCUUGGGGAGGAGGAUGAAGAGGUGCUGCAUUAUUUGACAAGAGUUGAAGUGACAGAAUUUGAAGAUAUUAAAUCAGGUUACAGAAUAGAUUUUUAUUUUGAUGAAAACCCUUACUUCGAAAAUAAAGUUCUCUCCAAAGAAUUUCAUCUGAAUGAGAGUGGUGAUCCAUCUUCAAAGUCCACUGAAAUCAAAUGGAAAUCUGGAAAGGAUUUGACGAAACGUUCAAGUCAAACACAGAAUAAAGCCAGCAGGAAGAGACAGCAUGAGGAACCAGAGAGCUUCUUCACCUGGUUUACUGACCAUUCUGAUGCAGGUGCAGAUGAGUUAGGAGAGGUCAUCAAAGAUGAUAUUUGGCCAAAUCCAUUACAGUACUACUUGGUUCCGGAUAUGGAUGAUGAAGAAGGGGAAGGAGAAGAGGAUGAUGAUGAUGAUGAUGAAGAAGAAGGAUUGGAAGAUAUUGAUGAAGAAGGAGAUGAGGAUGAAGGUGAAGAAGAUGAAGAUGAUGAUGAGGGGGAGGAAGGAGAGGAGGAUGAAGGAGAAGAUGACUAAUGGAACACUGAUGGAUUCCAACCUUCCUUUUUUAAUUUUCUUCAGUCCCUGGGAGCAAGUUGCCGUCUUUUUUUUUUUUUUUUCCUUUUUCUUUUUCUUUUCUCCUCUCGUGCUCAUUCGCCCUGUUUUUUGAAGUCUCCUUUUUCUCUCCCUUUAUACCAUGGUUCUCAGCUUAUUUUGGGGGGAAAUACCUUGAGCAGAAUACAGUGGGAAAAGAAUCUCUACCCCUUUUUGUUCCAAAUUCAUUUUUGUCCCUUCCUGUCUCAACAAAAACAAAAACUUUAUGGAAUCAACACCACCGUGCUCUGUGGGAAAAAAGAAAAUCCUUCUGCUCCCUUAGCUCUGCUGGAAGCUGGAGGGUGCUAGGCCCCUGUGUAGUAGUGCAUAGAAUUCUAGCUUUUUUCCUCCUUUCUCUGUAUAUUGGGCUCAGAGAUUACACUGUGUCUCUAUGUGAAUAUGGACAGUUAGCAUUUACCAACAUGUACCUGUCUACUUUCUCUUGUUUAAAAAAAAGAAAAAAAAAAUGGGGUUAUAGAAGGUCAGCAAAGGGUGGGUUUGAGAUGUUUGGGUGGGUUAAGUGGGCAUUUUGACAACAUGGCUUCUCCUUUGGCAUGUUUAAUUGUGAUGUUUAACGGACAUCCUUGCAGUUUAAGAUGACACUUUUAAAAUAACUCUCUCCUAAUGAUGACUUGAGCCCUGCCACUCGAUGGGAGAAUCAGCAGAACUUGUAGGAUCUUAUUUGGAAUUGACAUUCUCUAUUGUAAUUUUGUUCCUGUUUAUUUUUAAAUUUUCUUUUUGUUUCACUGGAAAGGAAAGAUGAUGCUCAGUUUUAAACGUUAAAAGUGUACAAGUUGCUUUGUUACAAUAAAACUAAAUGUGUACACA